AUGUUUGACCAUGACUCGACAACUAUUCAGAAGAAUUUUUUUGACUUAUCUGUCGAUCAAACACCUGAACAAUUUCUUCAAGAAAAAUGUGACCAAUGGUCUCUAAAUAUUCACAGUGAAGAAUAUGCGAGAAAAAUGGAUGAAUGUGAUCCACUGAGAUAUGUGAGAAAUGAAUUCUUUUAUCCAAAGAUGUCUGCGUUACCGUAUGUUGAUAAAGAUCGUGUUAAUAACGAUGAUGAAUGUAUAUAUUUGUGCGGUCAGUCACUUGGUUUAAUGCCAAAACGAGCAAAAGAACAUUUGUUGAAUGCAAUGAAUGACUGGGCAACACUCGGAGUGUACGGUCAUUAUAUUGGAAAAAAUCCAUGGGCAAAAUGUGAUUAUCCCUGUUUGCCAGAAAUAAGUUUAUUGGUGGGCGGUUCAGUGGAAGAAGUUGGUGUUAUGAAUCAGUUAUCGACGAAUUUACAUUUUAUGAUGGGUGAAACGUUUAUUCGAACAGAGGAUAUUAUUGAAAUACUAAAACGUGAUGGAAAAUCAAUUGCCUUAGUAAUGAUGAGCGGUGUUCACUAUUAUACAGGACAAUUGUUCGAUAUGGAAGCAAUUACACACGCUGCACAUGAACAAGGUUGCAUUGUGGGAUUUGAUUUGGCUCAUGCAGUUGGCAAUGUACCGUUAAAAUUACACGACUGGAAUGUUGACUUUGCCGUAUGGUGUACUUAUAAAUACUUAAAUUCGGGUGCUGGAUGUAUCGGUGGUCUCUUUGUUCAUUCUAAUAAUUUUCAACGUGAAUGGCCGCAAUUACACGGAUGGUGGGGCAAUAAAGCUUCAACUCGCUUUAAGAUGUUAGAUGAUAUUGAUCGUGAAAUUGGUGCUAAUGGUUAUCGGAUUAGCAAUCCAUCGAUACAUCAAUGUGCCGUAUUGGCAGCCAGUAUGCAGAUUUUUGAAGAAACUGGAAUUGAUCAGCUACGUUCCAAAUCGCUUAUACUAACACAAUAUUUGCAACAUGCAAUAGAGAUACAAUUUUCAGACACAUUCACAAAUUUAACACCAACAAAUCAUUUUCAACGUGGUGCUCAAAUAUCGUUAAGACCAAAAGAAAUAACGGCACAACAGUUACAUGAUGAAAUGGAGAAAAUGGGUGUUGUUAUUGAUAUUCGCGAUGAUAUUAUUCGCAUAGCACCUGUACCAUUGUAUAACAGUUUUUAUGAUGUCUAUAGAUUUAUCACAAUAUUAAGAGAUACUCUUGCGCACAUUAAACUCAAAUAA